UUGGGGUUAUCGAUACGUCAUCGCGAUCUGUGAGGGAUUGGCCGCUUUUCCGCUUCCUUUUUUUAUUCUUUCUCACAAUUUGCAAACGCGGCCAGUCUUCGGCUCCGGAACGGCAGGAUUCCCACAGUUGGGGAAGGGUGCCUCCUGAGGGAAGCUUGAAAUCCUUCCGUGCAAGAGGAAUGAGCGCAAUAUAGAGGCAACGGUGACACAUAAGGGGUGGAAAUUCGCCAACAACUGUCGUCACCUCGUCCUUUGUGUGUGCGUGUGUGUGUGUUUUUUUUUGUUUGUUUGUUUGUUUGUUUGUUUGUUUGUUUGUUUGUUUGUUUUGUUUGUUUGUUUUUUUGGAGGGAAUACGAUUUUAAAAGGACUAAAUGAGCGCCGGGUCUUCCGAAAGCCUGGCGCUUUCUAUCCCACCGUGCACAUCGAAUGGCACUGUGCGCGCCAAUGGCACGUGCGCCGACCCCACCGAUCCGUUCUUCCGGUCGUUUUCGUCCACGAUGGUGCUCUUAGUGCUUGUGGCGAUGAUCGCCGGUACUAUCCUGGUCUCCAUCGUCACCUUUCACCUGCACAAGAGCAAGAUGAGGAAGCGCAAAAUGCAGAAAGCGCAGGAGGAGUACGAACGCGACAGCGGCCGCCCCAAAGCCGCGCGAGGGAAGCCGGCGAUCAGGCACUGCGUAAUGGAGAGACCUACGGCGGUGCAGAAAAGCGACCUGAAAGCGAAAAGAUCGGAUAAAGAAGCCACCGACAGUGCAGGCAUCCCCGAGAAAGAGUGCACGGAUAAUACGAGACAUACGAGCCAGACGCGCGGUGAUCACCUGUUGGAAUCCGUCGCGGUGUCUUGAUUAACGCGGUGCCAUCCCGAUGAUCUGACACUGUAAAUACAUCCCGUGUUUUUCGUAUAAUUAUAUUACACGGGAGGGAUACAGAAUCGCCUCUAUACGCAUGAACAGUGCUAAGUCUUCUUCAGCUUCAGGAGGGAGGAGCCCUGUGGAAACAAUGGACGCGUGCUUCAAGGCCAGUAGAUUUUAACGGUUUAUAAGGUAGUGUCGCUGUGUGAGGAUUGUAUAGAUCUAAUUCUCUCAUCCAUACUGUAUGAAUAAAUAGGCUCCUACUGCUAAAACAAGGAGUAGCCUGAUUUCCUGCUUUUAAGAGCCCAAAAUUGUCAUCUGGACCGCCAACGUUGAUGGAUGAUGUGGACCAAACUGUAAUAUAUGAUUAGGAGUAGGAGACCUGGUGGCUGAUUGAAUUGAGGAUAGAAAGAGAGGGACUUCCUGUAAAUUAGAACUGAAAUAAGGACUACUUCAAAUAACUGGGCUUGUAGACUUCAAUGUAGACUUUUUCCUCAUACUUCCUCAUACAUUUUUUAGAGUUUUUUUUCCAGUAGCCUGCUCAGCAAGGUCCCCAGUGUUGAGUUAACACCCACAGUGUAGGAAUUUGAAUUAACAUUUGAUUUAUGAAUGAAUUCUUACAUUUCUCAUUUGCAUCCAGACAGAAUAAUCCAAUAUGGAGGAAGGUGGUAUAAUACAACACUGUGGGUUUUGCUGUGCACCUUUACUUAUAGCUAUCUAUUUAAAAAAUAAUAAUAAUAAUAAAUAAAUAAAAUUUAAAAAACAUGUGUAUCAAUAUUAGGUUAAAAUUGUGAUAUAAGUUUAUGUCAGGUAGGCCUAACAUCAGGUGAGAGCUGAGAACUUUCUCUGAGAGCUUGGCGUGAAGAUGUGUGGUAGUUUAGCCCCUUUUCCCUGCACUAUUGCAGCUCCUAGUGGUAGUAUUAAAAGCAUCUUCAUGUUUUGGUCACAGUGCUGUAAUUCCCAUAGCGAUAUACAAUAUAUAUCCAGAGGUAUUUUAGUUAUGUAUUACGCUACAGCUUUGGCUCAUUGCUUUCUUCUUUGCAUUUUUGCUCAAGAGUAAUCUAAAAUAACAAUUAACUAUUUUAUUAUACUAUGAUUAUAUCUAAGGAAUGUCAUUUAAAAUCUGCAGUGGAUAAGACAUUUUCAAAAGUUAUUUUCUGUAUUUCUUUGACGUUGUGUUUACCCAUAAGGAGACAUUUAAUAUAACAUUGUAAUGGACACAGGUAUUAUUUAAUUUUAUUUUUCAGUGCCUACUACUUUGAAAUACCAAUAAAGA